AUGAGUGGGUUGAGGAGGUGGAUGAGGGAGAUUGCCAAAAGGAGAGGGGGAGGAGAAGGAGAAGGAGGAGAGCGUCCGCAAGGUGAGGUGAGGAGGAUCGCUCUUUCCCAAGAUGGGAUAGAGUUGGUUCGCCCACACAUCCCCCAUCCACGCGAGCCCACACGAGCCUUCCUGUGGUCCGCCCUCUUCUGCCCACUGACUCUGCAUCGCUCCUGCCCAGUCGGCAACAGCCCAAAGGAGCCACAGGGCUCUCCCGCAAAGUCAGGAGCAGGGCCCGAAAAGGAGCGAAAAAAACCGAAGCGACUAGGAAAGACUGGGGAGCAGGGGCCAACACGGGCCAAUGGGGUGCCUUGUCGACCAUCCAUGGCGCGGCUGGUCCUGGGUAACUGUGGGCUUUGUGGCCUGUGGCCGGUGGACCGUCCUGUCUUCUGCAGUGGUCCACGCCCCCCGGACCGAAAUGAAAAGGCCGCAGCUGCUUGCCCAAACGGGACUCCCCGUCCGUCCGCAUCGUCCACACGAGAUGAUGAAUCCCUGCUUGGCAUGGACACAAUUCAGGCCAAUAUUGGUCAAGAUUUUCACGCGCGCAUGCACACAGGCAAAGAAACACACAAAUCAAGGAAUCGUCAAGUCCAUUUCUGUAUCUCUCUAUCCAAAGAAGUUCCCCACGUAGCCGUCAUCCAGCAACCCGGUUCCUGCGCAUCGCCGUUGUUCAGAGCAAGCAAAGGUCAUCUAAAUUGCGUGGCGUCUUCAACCGCCCACCAGGCGCAAGCCACAAGUCCCCAUCAAUCAACCGAUGGCACCCGUCAUCCCAAGCUCGCAACCAUCCGCUUCAGCCCUCUCACAGAUUAAUCUGACGGGGAGGCGGCCAUUGGCGUCCGGUAGAAUCCUAGCGGAAGGCUGAGCAGCCGCUCUUUGAACUUCUUCACCUGGCCCCUUAUUUGCGCCGCUUCCUAUUCGCCGCAGCCGGCACCCCACGGCACAUCACGGCACAUCACGGCGUCUAUCAAGCGGGAUCCUCGCAUCCCGUGCAUUUACUUCCAGACCAGACCAUCAAUACGAUCUGUUGCGACCCGCCCAC